AUGGCUUUCAAUUUCAUCGCUACCUUCACAAUUUUGUUCAUAGCGCGUUGUAGUGCCCAAAGUGAAGGACUAGAAGAAAGAAGUGUUUUAUGCAAAUCACGUAACGCUUAUUACGGUUUGGAAGGAAGCUGCGACACUUACUUAGAAUGCAUCAACUACGUGGCCAAUAAAAUGACUUGUCCAGAUGGUCUGCAUUACAUACCUGAUACUGUUUGGCCCGGUUAUCCCUGCGCCUAUCCGUCAGACAUGACCUGUGAUGGACGCAGUAUUACAGAACCAGCUAAGCCAACAGUAGAAUGUCCUCAUCAGUAUGGGUACUUCCCAUCUCCAAAGGCGACUCCUACCGACUGCGGCCAUUAUUACAUGUGUACCGAGGGACGGGCUCGGGAUAUGAUGUGCCCCUCAGGACUAGCCUUCAGCCCCGACUCCGGUCGUUGUGAAUGGCCUGAAAACGUACCAUUUUGCGAUGCUGGCCGUUUUCUUGGCUUCACUUGUCCACCUACUCCAGCCGGAGCUGAUCCUAAUGACGUUUUCAAUUAUAAGUUCCCUGGAAAUUGCUUCGCUUUCUACUCUUGCGUGAAGGGUCACGCGCGCCUACUAACCUGCGAUGCUGGCAUGGGCUUCAAUGAGCACACUGGCCGUUGCGAAGAUGCAGACAAGCUAAACUGCCCCUAUUGA